AUGUCGUGGAGAGUCAGUAGCCCUGGCGACAUGGAUUAUGGGGAUGCCCUAGAGAUUCGCAGCAUUUUGGUCGAGAAAGCACGGCUUCCUCCGGAAUUAGAGGAAAAAGCAUUGGAGAUAAUAUCACGCGUGCCGGCUUCAGGUGACAUGGACCUCGCAACACUUGAGGACCUGCGGCAGUCAUUGAGAAGUGAACAGUUUGGAAAUGAAGCUAAUCUUGUCGGAGUGCUCACUGAUGUGUCUCUCAUUCCUGGCCGGUCGUCACGCAAUCAGAUAUUACGAAUCAAUCGCAAACAAUUAUGGCUCAGAUGCGUACAAAUCCCGAUUCACGAGUCGUUCAAGGGCAAUGUUUUGGAUUACCCUCCACUUAGCAAUCCCAAACCCGAUGUGACUUGCGGAUUCUCCGCCGAAGCGUUCACAUUGGCCCAAAAAAUCACCUUGCAAACCCUUUUCGACGGGGGCAGAGGGAGUUACGCAAUGCCAGACAUGAACACAGUGUUUCCAUUCUUCACAAUCGAAUUCAAAUCGGAAGCAACCCAUGGAACUCACUUUGUCGCCAGGUAUCAGGCGGCAAAUCCCGGGGCUAUCGCCUUGAACGGUAAACUUCACCUGGCCGAGCACAGCUUUGGUUUGGAUGCGUUCGACCAGAAAGAACCUCACCACUUCUCAAUCACGAUAGCCUAUACCUCAGCCCGGGUCAACCUGCACUGGGUGGAAAGACCGGCCAAAAAAGGACCGACGGUCUUCCAUGUCACCGCUUUGGAGCACUAUCCGCUAAUGCAUAUUGACGGUCUAGUGGCGCUCUCGCGUGCGAUCAGGAACAUUCUCGAAUACGGAGUCAAAACACUGUUGCCAAAGAUUCGCGAGGGUCUGGACGCAUACAAACAGAAGGCCGCCCAGCGAUCGAGCAAAACCACCCGGAGGAAGAAAUGA